AUGGAAGACCUCGCAUCCCGCACAGACAGAGCCUCAAUUACGGAACCCCCAACUACCACCGAAGCUUCGAAACCACAAACCGCAAACGAUACUACGUCCGCCCCUUCGACCCAGAACCAGAACCAGAGCCAAUCCCAACCCCAGCAGAAGAAAGAAAAGAAGGCCAAAGCUCCCAAACCACCUUCCGCACCCACCAGCCUCCCGCUUUCCCCGGCUCUGAUAGACCUCCGCGUCGGGCAUAUCUUACGCUGCAUACCGCACGAAAAUGCCGACUCACUCUACGUUUCUACUAUUGCCAUGGGCGAUGCCGAGGGCACUGACAAUACCCAUAAAGACGAGGAAACUGGCCGUGUUGUCAGGACAGUUUGUUCAGGGUUACGAGGUCUGAUACCCAUAGAGCAAAUGCAAGAUCGAAAGGUGAUCGUCAUGGCGAACCUGAAACCAGUCACGAUGCGGGGGAUCAAGAGCGCGGCAAUGGUUCUGGCAGCUUCACCACCACCGAAAGAAGGCGAAGACGCGCACGCCGCUGAUAGAGUAGUAGAAUUAGUGGCUCCGCCCGAUGGAAGUGAAGGAGGGGCCAAAGUUUACUUUGAGGGAUGGGAGUAUGGCGAGGGGAAAGGGCCGGAGAAGGUGUUGAAUCCGAAGAAGAAGCAAUGGGAGAGCAUUCAGCCGGGACUUUACACGAGCGAAGAUUUGGCGGUAGUGUUCGAUGCGGCCAGAGUUCAGGGUGUUGAAGGAGGAACCGGAGAACUGGUGGUCGAGGGGGUGGAGGGCAAGUGCAAGGUGCCGAGUCUGAAGGGGGCACGGCUGUCUUGA